CGGACUUACCUUAUGCCUGUUUAUGUGCAAAUAAAGAUCUCGGUCUCGGCUUCUGCCUCGUGCACGCGUCGCCCGUCACCGUGAGAGAUCGCCGGGGCGAGGCGAGCCUUCGUCUACCGCAGCUCCUCCAUCGACGGCAACAGUUCUUUGUGUUCAGAGGGGAAGAAACAAUUACCGAGGGUGCGGGUGCAGUUUAUCUUCCGAAAAUUUUCGGGGUUCAACUGAGCCCUCAUGCCCCCACGUUGAUUCCGCCACUGCUUCAACAUGAGGCUCAACAAGGUGGAAGUGAACUUGAAAAGGCUGCUUGAGGCGGCUCCUCGGCAGCAGAAUCAGGCUAAGCUUGUCCAUUAUGUAACCACAGCCAGGGAGCUGUUGGAGCAGCUAGGAGCAGAAACUACACCAGAAGGGUUAUCGAGCAUUUCAAAGGCUAAAUUUUCUGAGUAUUCAGAAAAGAUUGAAGCACUGGCUGCAAGACUUGCUGCUUCAGUGCCAGAAAAUGAGAAGUCAAUUGAUGAAAGCAGAGAAGAAGAAAGCACUUAUGAAAAAGAAAAGGUAGAAAGUCCAAUAUCUUUAUCAUCAGGACUGCGAAGGAGAUCAACAGCUAAUGUAGAGGUUGGACCAAGCCGUCAUGAGAGAAAAGGAGAUAUUGGAGCACCUAUCAGAUUGGAUGCAGAAGCUGAGUCUCACAUUGAGAAGCAUAGGAAGCUGCAAGAAGAUUUGACUGAUGAAAUGGUUGAGCUAGCACGCCAACUGAAGGAAAGUAGUCUUAUGAUGAACCAGUCUGUGCAACAGACAGAGAAGAUUCUUGAUUCCACCGAGAGAGCUGUGGAGCAUAGCUUGGCGAGCACGGGGCGGGCAACUUCGCGAGCAGCUGAGGUCUACUCGCUGACUUCCAAGACGACGUGCUUCCAGUGGCUGCUCAUCUUUGUGAUGGCUUGCAUGUUCGUUAUGGUGGUCCUGCUUAUACGGAUCACCUGAGACCACAGCGGUCACUCACAUUCUUGUAAUCACAAUUGUGUUCCGGUUCUACCAUGGACAUAAAUCUCCAGUCCAGGACUGCUAACCUCACGACAAGAUCGAUGAUGGAUAGUACUGAAAACAAGAGAUCUUUCAUGAA